AUGGACCAUCCGUUCGUUGCCAAGUUCUGUGGACUUAUCAACAAAGCGUUGAGCAAGUCGCCACGAGGUGACGAUGACUUCGAUGUGAUGAUAGUGUUCGGACAGUGUGCAGUGGUUUUGCAGUGAUAUCCUUUUGAUCGAAUGGCUUUUGUCCAUUCUGAAAUUGAAGUGAAACGAUAAAUGAUGACGUCAGUUGGGAACAGAGACAGACCAGUAUUUUUCGAUUCUUUUCUUACAAAAAGUCACUCUGAUAAUUGGCGUAGUAUCUGUCUGAUGAAUCAAAGAGCAUAAAAACACGACGCCAUAGAACAGAGAGGAAUAACAAAAACCUGAUUCUCCCCAGAGAGCCGUGAAUGCCUCUGCUCGGUUGCCAACUGCCGCCAUCACCUUCCCGCACACGCAGCGCGUGCUCAGCCAACAGUUCUCUUUCAGGCAACACGGCCGCCGACGUCCUUCCUCCGAGUGCCGGCGUUCCGAGCACUGCGGCGGCGGUGGCCACGUCGAGCGCAGUCAUUAGUGCCGACCAGCCCUCUUCGACCAACUCGGACAACGACGGCGAGCCGUACGGGGAAUGGCGACCCCCCUUCCCCCGCCUCACCGCCUAUCAGGACUGUCUUUCGCUCGCGGCCGCCUGGGGUCUUGGCAUGCAUCCGAACGGUUUGGACGACAAACCGACGGGUGCCAGCCAGGCCCAGUCUCCCAGCGAAGACGAUUCGGGAGACGGAAAGUGCAACGAACUGCUCGCCAGUUGUCCGGCGUUUAGGAACGAAUUGGGCUGGGAGCCGACGCGGCGACUUGCUCUUUCCCGGCACACCUACGACAUGGCGUACCUGGAUGCGCACGAGUGUGAGACGUGGAUGCGAGAGCAUUCGGCGUCGGAAGCCGGAAUUCUGGAAGAUGUCUCGAAUGUCUAUCUGGGAGGAAGACUGUGCGCCGCUCGUCAACCGAAGACCGUGAUCGAGCCACAAGACAUUGGGUCCUACUAUUAUCGCCACUGUUUCAUGUCGAGAAGUGAGAAUACACCUCGGCAAGCGUCGCAAGACUUCCUUUCAGUUCACACUGAAUAUCUCGGAAUGGACGACAUCUUGGGUCCUAUAUCUGUGUCAAUGGUCAGGGAAAACAACGUUGAUCGCAAGGAAACCUACUCUAUUUAUCGUAUGAUUGUUCGAAUCUCUGAUGUAGGUACAUCACUCCGAAUUGAUAUAAUCAUUUCUGUUUCAGCAAAAAACUAUCCGAGUAGCUAUUCCAGAAGAAGCUCUUUCGACUCCCGAAGGCACUGACAGAGCCACUCGGCCAUUAAUGAGGGAGCUGCUCGAUAUUGUGUGCCCGCGGGUUAGCUUCGGAACUCUGAGGCCAGCGGUGAACUCGCCGCGAGUUGAAGAGCUUUUGAUGAAAAUAGAUGAGCAACCAAUUUAUACAAGAUACAAAGUUGGUAUUAUGCUGUGCAAAAAUGGCCAGAGCACCGAGGAACAAAUGUAUAAUAACGGUAGGAGCAUAUCUGAAAGCAGAUAAUAUAUAUAUUUACUCGGGUUUCAGAGCACUCGACGCCCUCCUUCGAUGAGUUCCUCGACUUUCUGGGUUCACGGGUUCUUCUCAAAGGUUUCGAAGCGUAUAAGGGAGGACUGGACACCCGGGGAGACACCACUGGAACCCAUUCAGUUUAUGCGGAAUAUCAGGCGCACGAAAUCAUGUUCCACGUGUCCACACUUCUUCCGUUCACUCCCAGUAACCGACAACAACUGUCACGGAAGAGACACAUUGGGAACGAUAUGGUCACGAUCGUUUUCCAAGAACCGGGAGCCCUGCCGUUUUCGCCGAUAACUGUACGAAGUCACUUCCAACACGUCUUCAUCAUCGUUCGGGUGCACAACGAGUGCUCGGAGAAUGUGACCUAUAGCGUCGCAGUCAGCCGAUCGAAGGACGUCCCUCCGUUCGGACCUCCCGUGCCGAAAGGAGCUUGCUUUAGCAAAUGCGCUGAGUUCCAUGAUUGGUUGCUGACAAAAAGUUGGUUCUAGUCCUCCGUUUUAUAUCACCGACAUCUUUUUUUUUUCAGUUAUCAACGCCGAGAACGCGGUGCAUCGUUCGAAAAAGUUCGCAACAAUGGCUGCGCGCACCCGUCGAGAAGCUCUCCGAGAUCUGGUUGAGAACUACGUGGGACCGCAUCAGAAUGAAGGCGCGAGCAAGAUUGCUAGUGAGUUGAAAGCAAAUUGCAUUGAAAAAGCACUCUACUCGACUCUUUAGGCCGAUUCCUGGGUGGUAGUGUGAAACGAAAAGAAAGGCACAAUCCAAAACCGACUAAUCACGUGAUGAGAGGAGCUCUCUCCUGGCUCGUCGACGUGCAUGACUACUCGACCAAUCAGAGAGUCAGCUGCGUGCUCGGGGUCGCCCAGGACUGGAUCGUUCUUCUUGAGAGACCUUCGGGAGUUGUUCUGUUUAGCACUCCUACGCAUUCGAUAAUCGGAUGGGCGACAAGCGACACCGGGUUUGUGUCCGAUGCACCAUUCCGUUCUGCAACAGUUUUGUUCAGAUUAAAACUCUACUACGACCACGGUGACCAGCUUCUCCUCCGUUGUUAUUCCGAAACUUGCACCGAUUCUGAGCUCAACGAACUAAUCCGUCGGCUCGAAGCGGUGACAAAGGGCGACGAAGCGAAGGAAGUGGUGCUGCGGAGGUCGAAAACGACGGAUAACUGGGGAUUCCACGUGCAAGACGAGGGCGUCGUGACGGAUGUUGAGAUGUACCAGCUGGCCUGGAAAGCUGGCAUCCGUCAGGGAAGUCGGAUAGUCGAGAUGGAUUCGAUGCCGAUCAGCACGCUGUCCUUUGACAAGAUAUGCGACCAGUUGGCCGUGUCCGAGUGCGUCCGCUUACUGAUGAUCUCGCCGUCGUCCGACGGAAGUCCUCGUCGAGGAUGUGAGGAUCCGAACUGUCCGGCCGUGAAGGGCACCGAGCAGAUGCUGACUCCGGACGCGUUCGCAAAGCAGCCAAUCACGUAAGUUGUCUCGGGCGCGUUGCAAACAUUCAUCGCGUGCAGUAUCGGCAGGUACCACGAGAUGUUCCGCCAGAAGAAGUUCGAGUACGCGACGAACAGCGCGAGCAGCAGUCCGGCCUCCUCUUUCGACGAACGCACUUUCAGUUUCACCACCAGCAAAAAGAGCGUUGAACAGCGAGCCAAUAAUAUGUGAGCGUUGCCGAGAAAUGCGUGAGCGUGGAUAGUCGAGCAAUGAAUGCCUGUUUCAGGCCUAACAACCGUCCGAGCACACUCUCCAGCGCCAGCGUCCAUGACAACAUGUGCACACUGCUCAAUCCGCCCAAAUGCCUCAAUCGAGCUCAAUCAGACGAGCAAUUGAGAUCCCCACUAAUGGACGAGCUCAACCGGAAGGCCCGUCUCUUUCUCUUGUUCUCCCUAAGUUCCCAAUUUGCAGGCACCGUUAUCAGCCCGCGAGUCGACGAACGAACGGGAAUCCAGUGAACUCGUCCGCAUCCAGUCCCAUCUGGAACGGACGGUUCAGGAGAAGCGAGCACUCGAAAUGCUCGCGCAGCAACUCAGGAAACAAUUGAUUCAGGUAUUAGAUGGCGUCGUGCACGAGUGAAACCUGAAAAGCCAACUUGUUUUGUAGGAACGUCAAGCUCACGAGAACACCAAACGAGAGAUGGAGCGUCUGAAAAAGUUGUACGAAAAGAAAUAA